GUGCAGUGUGCGGAAGAACUAGUCUGGAUGUUCCAGUGAUGUUCCGUGUUGGGACUCAAAUCCUGGGGCGCUACCUUGGAUCGACAUCCCCAUGUUGGCCGGCGUCGGUGCCGCCGUCUUCCGGCUUGCCAAGCCUUGUCCAACCUGCUUUGCUACCCCGAAAUUAGCGUAUGAGCAGGCCAAUGCAACCCUGACGCAUUUCAGGGGCGCAACCCGUUCAGCUGGCGGUUGCUUCAAAGGUAGCCGCGCACACCUUGCUUGCACCACAGCCCAGAUCAAGCCCGACCUGCACACCAACGACCAGCAGCACCGUCAACCGCAUCACCGACACCCCCCUCCCCAUCCCAGCAAACCCCAGCGAUCACUCAAAUCUGACAACCAUGCCCAUCACGCUCCCCACAACCACCACCACCACCCAGGACAGCGCCUCCCCGCCACCCCCGACCUCCUCCCCGUCGACGCGGGGCGGCGACCUGUCGCUGUCGCUGUCGCCGUCGGCACACAUCAAGGCGCGCAUCCUGCGACCGCUCGACGACCUGGCCAGCACGCGCGGCAAGCUCGCCGCCGCCGUGGUCGUCUGCCGCGCGCUCUACAACCUCGUGCACUUCGUGCUGGCCGCCCUGUCGCGGCGGCAGCACGCCCUCCUGACGGUUGUCUACCACGUCGUCGACCAGCUGGUCGUCAUGUACUCCGUCGGCGUGAUUGUCGAGGCAGAGGGGGAGAGGCGGGUCUUGGGCUGGCGUGUGGUGAGUUCUUCUUCUUCCAUCUGUUCCUAUCUGUUCCUUCCUGCUGUGUCCAAGAGAAGAGAGCUUGGCUGGGGCAGUGCCGGCGAGGUGAGAUGGGGAGGCUGAUGAUUGUGCGGCUGGCUGGCUGGCCAUUUAACUAGGGGCGGGGGCAUUUUGAUGGGCUGCUGGGUUUUCUUGCCGUCGUGCAUGUGCUUUACGCGGUUUUCCUCAUCGUGUGCAUUGUCUCAUAUGCGAUCUUCUUUGGGGUCACGGGAGGGGCCUUCAUGAUGGUGGUCGGGC